CUUUUGUUACCCGUACCGGAUCGUUUGCGAGGCAAAUAUAAGGAUUCCAAGAAACUUACAUUCUUUUGGACUGUGAUAGUAACAAGGUAACAACCGAGUGAUUUGAUACUGUAGCAUAAAAUCUCAACCCUCAACGUUCUGCUGAUUAAGCAACUUGCCUUGCUUUCGCACAAACACUCUUCGCACAGUGAACUUUCCACCUGUACGUAGAGUAUACUCCUUUUGGAGUCGCACUAUUCGGUAGAAACGAUCGAUGUGGGACGAUGGGGAAUGCUGGGACGUCGACACCACUGGUACACAGUCCGUUGUCGGAACAGUACCAUCUACUGUGGAAUCCAUUUCGGAAGAUUACCGAGGCCGAGGUUCUAGCCAUUGCCAACAAAAUAUGGCCGGACAGGACAGACGUUCCCGCAACUACCAAAGGUCGGAUGGAACAACCAUAAAGAUGGAAGUAAGCGACCGCAUGAUACCGCGGCUCAUUGGUAGAGGAGGCGCAACAGUGCGUCAGCUACGCGAACAGUCCGGAGCGGACAUCCAAAUAGACAACAAAUCGGGUACGGUACGCAUCUCUGGUGUGCUGAAGGACGUGGAAGCGGCACAGAAUGCAAUUAAUGACAUUAUUAAUGGCACACGGUCGGAAGGCUCCCGCGGAAGCGAUUACGCUCGAUCCGGUGGCCGAAUGGAUCACGGCGGAGGCUCUGGCUAUGAUCGUCGUGAUCGCGAUCGUGAUGGUGGAAGCCGCUACGAUAGUAACCCGGAUCGUGGCUGGUCCAAAGGCACUGGCAGUGAGAGUCGCGGGGGUGGUGGUGGUGGUAAUCGUGGUGGGUAUUUCGAUUCGUACGACAGUCACAGUCGCUCGGGCGGAUACUCUCAUGGCACACAGUCGUCAUCCAGAUCUUACUCCUACGCACCGCCAGCCAAUGACGAUAUUAUCGAUUGGGAGGCCCUGAACAAAAUUUCCGACGAAGCGGAACGAGAACGGUGGUCCAAGUGCCCACCGUUGACAAAACAAUUCUACCGUGAGCAUCCCGACGUGGCAAAAAUGUGCCCCGCAGAAGUGGCCGCGUUUCGUGAGGAAAAUAACAAUAUCGUCGUUGAUCGUACGUUCAAAGAUAAGACAGGGGAGAAAAAACCCAUCCCGAACCCGAUCAACGAGUUCCACCAGGCGUUCGGUGACUAUCCGGAUCUGAUGGAGGAGCUUCAAAAAGCGAAAUUUACCAAACCGACCCCGAUUCAGGCGCAAGCGUGGCCAGUGCUGCUGAGCGGGGAAGAUUUGAUCGGUAUCGCUCAAACCGGUACCGGCAAAACGUUGGCCUUCUUGUUGCCGGCGUUCAUUCACAUCGAAGGACAGUCGGUACCGCGGGAGGAACGUGGUGGCCCCAACGUACUGGUGCUAGCUCCGACGCGUGAGCUUGCCCUGCAGAUUGAGAAGGAGGUUGGAAAGUAUCAGUUUCGAGGAAUUAAAGCCAUCUGCCUGUACGGUGGUGGCGAUCGUAGGGCCCAAAUGAACGCGGUACGCCGUGGAGUGGAGAUCGUUAUCGCUACCCCAGGCCGGCUGAACGAUCUUGUCCAGGAGGGUGUGGUGAACGUGUCCAGCGUCACGUAUCUGGUGCUGGACGAGGCGGACCGAAUGUUGGACAUGGGCUUCGAGCCGCAGAUCCGCAAGGUACUGCUGGAUAUUCGACCCGACCGGCAAACGGUGAUGACCAGUGCGACCUGGCCGGAUGGGGUGCGUCGGUUGGCGCAAAGCUACAUGAGCGAUCCGAUCCAGGUGUACAUCGGAACGCUCGACCUGGCGGCCACGCAUACCGUGACGCAGCUUAUCGAGGUGAUGGAUGAGGACGAUAAAUUCUAUCGAAUCAUUGAAUUUGUACGCAACAUGCAGCCCACGGAUAAGGUGAUUAUUUUCUGCGGCAAGAAGUCCCGUGCGGACGAUCUGUCGAGCGAGUUCGUCCUUGCCGGUAUCUGUUGUCAAUCGAUUCAUGGAAACCGUGAGCAGAGCGACCGCGAGCAGGCCCUCGAGGACAUCAAAACGGGGCGCGUGAACAUUCUCAUAGCGACCGAUGUGGCUUCCCGCGGUCUCGACAUCGAAGACAUAACGCACGUGGUGAACUAUGACUUUCCACGCAACAUCGAGGAGUACGUGCAUCGGGUUGGGCGAACGGGGCGUGCGGGCCGGAGUGGAAUCUCGCUCAGUUUUUUGACGCGCAGCGACUGGGGCGUCGCGGCGGAACUCAUCAAGAUUCUUGAGGAAGCAAACCAGGAGGUUUUGCCGGAGGUGCGGGACAUGGCUACUCGUUUUGCGGCGAAGAAGGAUCGGGAUCGUCAGUUCGGCGGAGGAGGCCGCAGAGGUGGCGGAGGGCGGCGUUGGUAGUUUCUUUUUUUCUAUUCAAAUAUCAUUUUUCUUUGCUGAUGCGAUACUUUGCAAUCCUAGAAGUAUCAAAAUGUCGUCGAUAUGAUAUAGUGUUGUUAUGCCAAAGAUAUAAUUGACAGCAGAACUUGGUAGAAUGGCAACAAACACUGAAAACGGCGCAUAUUUUUUCAUUAUUUUCAUACUUAUCUUUUCUCUUCUAACUAAGCGCAGCACAUGGUGCUCAAGUUCUAAUAUCUAUAGUUUUGUAACAUUCAAUACCACAGCAACCAUUAAAGGUUGAUUUGAGUACAAAAAGCUAACCACAGAGCCUGUCAUGGAUAGGACACGGCAAAUGAGAACUUGUUUGCUGUAUUUUUCUCUUUUCGAUUUUGGAUUAAAUAAAUGUAACGAAUUACCGCAUCGGA